AUGGGGCUGUGGCGGCGGUUACGAGCCGUCCUGGACCCCAAGUUGUUGAUCCUGAUUCUGUGCUGUCUGCCGCAGGAAUCGACCGCUGACAGGAAUCGUUAUUUUCAUAUAUCGACGUUGUGCGUCGGCGAGCGCACCUACCCACAGUACAAGGUCAUUCAUGGGGCCGUAUUAUCGUCAGAGAGCGAGAACGAUCUGGACUGCGUAAUCACGUUCCAGACAGAUUCCAUCCUGCAGAAGUUCAUGUUGCGCUUCGAAAAACUAGCGCUCGACUGCAACGAUCACCUAGUCAUCUUCGACGGCGCCCACGCCAUCGGCAAAAGCAAGGUGGAUCUCUCGUGCCGAAGUACGCGGGCAGACGUAGGCACGAUUUUCACACAGAGCAAUUACGUGACGCUCAAGUACACAACCGAUAGUUACAGUCAGCAGAAGAACGGAUUCAAGCUCGUGAUCACAGCUUACAAGGACAUGAACAACCCAAAGCAUGAGCAGCUGCCUUGCCAGCAAUUCACAUGUGGGGGACCUCAGCGGUAUUGCAUAUCGCAAGAUCUCAAGUGUGACGGCGUCAAUCACUGCGGUGAUGACAGCGACGAAGACGAGCGAGCCCAAUGUGAAGAUGAUAAAGGCAAUCAUCAGAUCAUGGGCAUAGGCGUUCCGGUUUUCUUGACUCUGCUCUUGAUCGCCUUCACAUUCUGUCUGCUUUGCAUCGCGGCCAUUGUAUGCUGCGUCUGCAGAAGGGGUCCUCAGGACUACACCCCGUCCCAGGUGGCGAUGCAGAACGGAAGACCCCUUAUCGGCGCACCAAUGCCGCCCGGUCUGCAAAACACGACGAUCACACCCUUCGGGACGUUCCCAGGCAAAGCGCCAGGAGACGACCUGCUUGGUCUACAGCCGGGAUCGCACUCGACUUUCCCCCUACGUGCUCCGCUGAAUCCCAAUGGCAAACCGGUCAACCAGUCCGCGUCCGGUGAAAACUGGCUCGUAUGAGAUUCACGUCU